AUCAGUCAAACUGCGGUACCCACAUCUCUCCGAUUCCUCCGCCAUGGACUUCUCCGACAUCUUUCGGAUGGUGAACUUCGCCGUUGCCGUAUUUAUGGUCCUCGGCGGCGUUGCGAAGCUCUUCCAGUUCAGCGACUUCUCCAACAUUAUUCUUGGCGUGUAUCUGAUAAUCUUCGGUCUUGCUACGGCGCUUCUCGAAUUCCAGAUCCCGCAGCAAGUGGCCCGAUAUGCCUCGUUCAUGUUCUCCUUCCUGGGCCGUGGCAUCUUCUACAUCUUUAUCGGUUCGGUAAUUGUUGGCGAGAAAUGGUUCCGCAUCGUCCCCGGCACGUUGGUUGGUGUCGUCGGCGUUGGAUACGUGGUUCUUGAGUAUAUCCCGUCAAUCGAGCCACCAGCAAACAUGCGUGACGCCGACGCCGGGUGGGGUGCCGAACAAGUCUAGACGCCCUUCGGAAUGCAGUCCGAGGAUGGCGGUAGAAGAUUCCUCGAGCAAGCUCGUUUACCCUUUACCAAAGGGGCAACGGGGCUUUGUGUGGUAUUCGUGUACGCAUCUGUGUGUGAUAUGGAAAGGGCCAUUUGAUCGGGUGGGCUUUGGUCCUGUUUCGGCGUCACGGGGUUUGCGCCUUGUACUUUUGCCAACGUCAACUGGGUAUCUGGAGCAGAGGAGGAAGCGGAAUUUGGAUUUCAUGUGCGCGAGGCCUUUUUGCGGAGGCAAGAAGUUUUUCAAGAUAGUGUUUAGAGGCUUCAAUUCACAAGGGUAUCGUGACAGAAGCGCAGGCCGACACCUGAAGUUAAGCUCCUCGCUUCCAAGGUUGCUGUUAGUUGCAGAGCUGGGCGAGGCGGAACCAGGACCGGGCGAUUAAGCGGCGCCUUGAUUGGGCGCGCAGGCACCCAGCAGGUGGAGACAGACGUG